AUGCUUCCUCACCAACUUUUACUAGAUCAACUACCUCUGGUGUGUGAACAGGACCCUUGCAUCUCAGUUGAAUAUGCUUGGAUAAACCAACCCUCCAACAACCCGCUUUGCCAACUCAGCACACUCAAGCAGGUCACAUUUGACCUUCCCUUCAAGGAAUGGCUGAUCAUCACACCAGGUCAUGCGAAAUUGCUGCAGGGCAUCAUGAGUGAUGUUGGGCAGGCAACGGCCGAGGACGGCCAUCAGUGGGAAAGACUGAUGGAAGGGGAGAAGGAGGUGGACAUAGCCAGGCAGCAAUCUCUCAUUUCCUUGGCAAAGCCUGUAAGCAUGAUACUCCUGGUUAAUAACCAACUUACAAAAAUUACCCAUCUAAUGAUGGCUUUCAUUUUCAAUUUUUCAGUUAGUGGUACAACUCUUUGGAAAGAGACGAAUCAAAGUAAAAGUUGCAUUGUGAAAGUGAAAGUUGCAUUCUGA